GGGCAAUCCGUGCAAAUGCAUUCUUUGAAGUAUGCACAUUUACUAUUAGUACCUUGUAUUAACUGCAAUUGUCUUAACCUUACCUUCGAGAGGAUGGAAUGAAUUCGGGGUGCGCUUUGUAGACUUGAAUUGGGUCACCCAGGUGGACAACGGCAAUUGACCCACACAAUAUACAUGUUGUAAAAAUGCGGGCGGCUUGCGGCCUACACGCGGACUGCCAGCGGCUGAGCUUCGGCGGCCGAAUUCUUCGGCCGCUGUGCGCUGCGCCUGCCGCAGUGCAUCCUGGCAACAAACAGCCUUUGUUAGCAACCUCUCAGGAGCAAUUGCAGCGUUCGCUUGACCUGGGGCCGGCUGUCAAGCAGGCGCCGGACUUUGAAUACGUGGCCGUUGCCUUCCGGUCGCAGCAGCGGCCCAAGCGCAGCAAUGUACAGCGACGACCUCCCCGCAAGGAUGCACCUGAGGGCAGUGGUGCAUGCCGCAAAAUAUUCGGCGAGGAUACUGGUAGCGGCUACCGCACACUAGAGAUGGUGUCGGGUGACAAGAGGCUGCUCUUUGAAGACAAGAACAUGUCCAGCGAGCCACAGGGCAACACAGGAGCUGCUACAGACGCUGCAUCGCCGUCAGACGCGGCAGAGAAGGAAAGCCGUCCUCAACCUGCCAGGGGCAGCGGUAGCAACUCAGCUGAUGUCGGUCCCUCGAAAGCCAGGCGGCAUACCGCUAACCCAGGUUGCCAUUCAGCAGUGCCACAGCGGGCGAUCCAAAACGCACACGCUGCCCGACCCCCUCAGCCCCCGCAGCAGCGCCAACGCAGCAGCAGCAGCGGCGACAGGGCAGCCUCCCCAACAGCUGUCGCCCCCACGCCUCCGACCGUUGCCACUGUUACUGCCGUGACCAAGACCGCCUCCAAGCCAGUGUCACCGCCGCGGCCCCGGCCCCCUGCCGCCCCGCCAGCAGCAGCCCCGGAGGCUCAGGCAGGGCCCCGGCCGCCAACAGGGCCCCAGCCGCUGCGCCCCCCUCCGGCACGGCCCGUGCCUGUACCCGCACCAUCCGCCGCCCCCGUCUCGCCAGCCCUGGCCACCUCCUCGGUAGCUCUGCCCCGCACGGCAAGCGCAGCAGCAGCAGCACCGUCACCCCGCCCCGCCGCCACCAGCCAGAGCCCUCGCCACCCUAACUACCAACUCCGCAUCCGGGUCAGCCAGCCUGCUGCCCGCCAUUCCUCUCUCCACCGCCGCGACGGUCGCUCUCAGCCCCCCGCCGCCCCUACCGAUUCCGCCACCUCUCCCGCCGGCCAUCAACCUCCCCAUAGCAACCCUGGCAGCAGCCCGAGCCCAAGUUCUAGGCACGGCAGCCAGCAGCGUAUCGUCCAUUGGUGCAGUCGCCGGGGCCUCUACGUCGAGGCCGCCGCUUCCGUACUGCUUCACAUGUCCCGUUAUGAGCUCCGGAGCCACCGGGCCCUAUACGCGGAGCUGAGGGCCUUACAACCCAGCCCUGAGGAGGCGCUGCCGCAUCUCGCCGCCGUACUGGCGGGAGAUCUCGGUCUGACGCCGCUGCAGCUACGUGCCGUACUGGUAGGACAGCCGCUCGUACUGCGCGUGCCGCCGCUAAAGCUAGCAGCGCGUGGCGCGGCGCUGGCGGCGGCGCUGGGGCUGCCGCCGCCGUCGGGGCCUGGCGUUGGCGACGGCGACUGUGACGGAGGAGAGGGAGGAGAAGAAGGGGGUGGGGGACAACUGGCUGCAAUCAUUGCUGCUGCACCUGAUGUGUUAACGUGUCGUAACGGCUAUGACGCUACCUGCGGCGCGCUAACGUCGGCAUUGCGGAUGCCGCCGGGUCACGCGCGCGCGUUGUUGCUACGUGAGCCGCGGCUGCUGUGUCGCCCGCCGGGGCUCUUCCAUCAGUCUUUACGACAACUUCAGCAGCAGCUGGGACUGCCGCCGCCGGCCGCCGCCGCCAUGGCGGUAUCGGAGCCGCUGCUCCUCGUGGUCUCACCCGGGGUGCUUCGAGCCAAUGGCGUCAUGCUUCGGAAGCAGCUGCAGCUCACGCCGCCGCAGCUGGCCGCAGUGGUGUCCCACCUGCCAGAGCUGCUGGCGCGUCCUCAUGGGGUCCUGCGGGAGGUUGUGUGGCGGCUGACGGCGUGCCUGAUGCACUCCAAAGUGUGGCAGGGGCACAUAUCGAAGCUGCUGGACUCGCCACGCAAUGUGGCGGUUGCGCUGUCGUUCGGCAGUGACCGUUACGAGCGGUUGGAGUAUUUGUUGAAGACGGGUCGGGAUGGUGUGAUGGGCUUCAAGGAUGCACUGUCGAUGGAGGUGGAGGAGUUUGGGGAGGUAUUUCCGGAGUAUGACGGCUGGCGGCGCGCGGGGGGCCGGUGAACGGGUGGACGGGUUUGCGGACGGGUUUUACCAUUGUUCUUCCUCCGCAAUACCAGUACUGCAGUGUGAGGGUGUGCCAUUAGAGUUUUUUGGAAUUGCCGUAUCGGGUAGAGCGUUGCUUUGUUUUUGGUUUCAUAGCAAAGGCGUUCUUGGCUAGUGCUGGUGAUAAUCGAAGAGAACUUGUGGCGGAGGGGUGAUGCAGCUUGCACGGUGCUGUCAAAGAAAUUUGGGCGCUCACAGUCACGAUUGUACGUAAGUUUGCUGGUCCGUACUUACGAAGCUUGCAGCGCACCUAGCGGACUCCCCACCGCAUGCAGCUGUUGAUGGCAGGCAGCAGCAGCAGCAGCCUGGACUCCUGGAUCCCUUCUGCCGCUGGACGCUGGUAGCUUCGAUCGGGCAUGAGCCGCUCGACUCCUGCUGCCGACCUAUCCGCCACGGCGGCGACACACCCAGCAGCGUCCCCGCAUCUCCUUGCUCGCCACAUCACAUCAAGAGCCUUCCCAUGCCUGGUAUACUGGCAUUCCUGGGCUAACUGGAGUGGCCAGCGGCCUU